AUGGAUAUAAUCUCACAGUUGCAAGAACAAGUGAAUACGAUUGCUGCAAUCACUUUCAAUGCUUUCGGGACACUCCAAAGGGACGCGCCUCCGGUCCAGCUUUCACCUAACUAUCCCGAACCGCCGGCUACGACCACGGCUACUGAUGAUGCUACCGCUUUUCCUGAGCAACCAAAGCAGCUCAGUGCUGAUUUGGUUAAGGCUGCUAAACAGUUUGAUGCUUUGGUUGCAGCACUUCCCUUAUCAGAAGGAGGGGAAGAAGCUCAGCUGAAAAGAAUUGCAGAACUCCAGGUGGAAAACGAUCUUAUAGGUCAAGAACUCCAAAAGCAAUUAGAGGCUGCAGAGACGGAGCUAAAGCAAGUCCAAGAGCUAUUUGGACAUGCAGCAGACAAUUGCUUGAACAUGAAGAAACCCGAAUGA